UGUGCGCUAACCCUUCUGCUUCCUCCUUCCACUUCAAAACAAACUCACUCACCAUCAUCAUCAUCAUCAUCAGUUUUCCGUCCACCGUCGAUCACCGCCGCCGCCGUCAACCUGCCAUGACUGUGGCAUCAUAAGGUUCUUUCGAUAGUUUGAUCAAAUAUGGCAUCUUCAGAUGUUGAUUGGAAACCAAAGAUUGGAAUGGGAUUUGAUUCUAUGGAAGAGGCUAAUAAGUUUUGGCUUGCUUAUAGUUUCCGUGUGGGCUUCGGAGUUAGAGUACGUUUCGCAAACAAAAAAGAAGAUGGUAGCGUAUCGUCAUGUCGAUUGGUUUGUUGUAAGGAAUGGCUAAAAAGGAAGGAGAAAAGAUAUGCAUAUGAAGGAAAAUAUACGAGAGCCGAUGUUAGAACAAAUUGCCCUGUAAGAAUUACACUUUCUCGUAAGAAUGGAAAGUUGGUCAUCCAUGACUUUGAAGAAGAACAUAACCAUGAUCUACAAAAUUCUAAGACAACACACAUGCUUCGGUCACAUAGAAAGAUAAUUGAGGUGCAAGCAUACGAGAUUGAUUUGGCUAAUGACUCUGGAUUAAGGCAGAAGUCAACAUUUCAACUUUUGAGCACACAAGCAGGGCACAUAGCUAAUGUUGGAUUUACAGAGGUGGAUGUAAGAAACUACAUCACUGCAAGAAGAAAAAGAAGUAUGGCAUAUGGUGAGAUUGGAUGUCUUUCACAAUAUUUUCAACGACAAUUGUUGGAGAAUCCAUCCUUCUUUCAUGCAUAUCAGAUCGAUGUAGAAGAACAUAUUACAAAUGUGUUUUGGUGUGAUGCACAGAUGAUUUUGGAUUACGGGUAUUUUGGCGAUGUUGUUUCUUUGGACACCACGUACUGUACCAACUAUGCCAAUAGACCACUUGCUUUUUUUCUUUUCUUUUCUGGUUUCAACCAUUAUAGAGGUUCAGUCAUAUUUGGGGCGGCACUAAUGUAUGAUGAGACAAGUGAGUCAUUUAGAUGGUUGUUUGAUACAUUCUUACAGGCACACAACAACAAAAAACCAAAGACGAUCUUCACUGACCAAGAUCAAGCAAUGGCAAGGGCAGUUGCAGAUGUGAUGCCCGAGACUCAUCAUGGUUUAUGCACAUGGCAUUUGUUACAAAAUGGAGUUAAACAUCUUGGGAACAUGAUGAAGGGAGGAUCUUCUUUGCUUAUUGAUAUCAAAAAAUGCAUGUAUGAUAUUGACAUUGAAGCAGUUUUUGAGAAACUUUGGUUUGACAUGAUCCAUAAAUUUAAUAUUCAUGACAAAUCUUGGAUCAUUUCAACUUAUGAGCUUAAAAAAAAUGGCUGCAUGUUAUAUGAAGGGAGUGUUAACACUUGGCAUGCGAAGUACACAAGUUAGUGAAAGUUUGAAUGCUCACUUCAAGUCUUGUAUGAAACCGAAUGUGAAUAUCCUAGAAUUCUUCAACCAUUUUGAAAUAGUUGUUGAGGAGAAACGAGCAAAAGAAUUGAGUUGUGUGUAUGAAUCCUCACAUAAGCUUGCAAGGUUAGCAUAUGAAACUGCACCAAUACUAAUCCAAAUGGGAAAAACAUACACACACAC